UGUCUGCUAUUCCUGCUACAAGAGCAGCAGAGUUGUGUAAUCCGUAUAGAGAUUGUAUGGCCUGCUAAGCCUAAAAUAUGUACUUUCUGACCUUUGACAGAAAAAGUUUGCUGACUCCUUGCUCUAGAACAAUGCGUGGUUUGGUAGAUAUUUUUAAACCUUUUAAUUGUAGACCCAGAUAAUUGUCAGUCAGGCUUACUGCAUGACAGGCAUAGUUCUAAGCACUUUAUAAAGACUAUCUCAUUUAAUGCUCAUAUUAAUCCUAGGAUGUUGGGUUUCUCCCAUUUUGUAGAUGAGGAAAUCAAGGCACGAAAUGGUCAGGAAACUUACCCAACUUGCUCAACGCCCCUCGCUUCUGGGAACUAUACCUUCUUGACGCUCCUUAUCCAUAUGGUUUGACUCUUCAGAUCCACUUGAUUAGGCCACCAUGGGCACUGUGGGUUUUUUUGAGCUAGAAUUUUUUGAAUUAUUUUUUUUUUAACUAGAAUGGAGAUGGGCUUGGUCUCCCAGGGAAGAAGCCAAGGGGCACUGUACUCAGGUGCGAUGAGUACAAGCAAGCUGGUCUGAAGUGAAAAGAAAUGCAGCUCACACACAGGAGAAAGAGUACCCUGGGUGCUUUUCAUUUAUUUAACAACAAAAACUUGUUGAAUAAGAGCAAGCACUGGCCAGGUGUUUGCCAGGUGAAGAUAAGCCGUAUCUGUAUUUCGGGAUUAUUGUGUUGACUGAGGUGAAAGGAGUGUGCAUGGCACGGACAGUUGCUCAAUGAAUGUCUGUUACCUUCCCGUGAAGAGCUGUAAAUAUGUCUGACAUGAGCCAGAUAGCUGCCAGAGCUUCCCUUAUUGAGCAACUGAUGUCUAAAAGGAAUUUUGAAGAUCUUGGCAACCACCUUACUGAGCUAGAAACGAUUUAUGUGACUAAGGAGCAUCUCCAGGAGACAGAUGUGGUCAGAGCUGUGUACAGAGUCCUCAAAAACUGCCCCUCAGUGGCUUUGAAAAAGAAAGCCAAGUGUUUAUUGUCAAAGUGGAAAGCUCUUUAUAAAGAUACUCACUUCAAACCAAGGAACAGCCCUAAAUUAUUCCCUACAAGUGGUAGUAAAGAAGAAAAUUCAGGACUUUCUUAUGACCCAAGUCAGGAUGAGAUACUGGGUGCCUGCAAUUCUAAUUCUCUGUCAUUGUCCCAAGAGGUUGCAAAACUCAGUAAAAUUAUUGUGCCUGAAAAUAGUGCUAUUCAAGUGGAACCUAAGGAAGAGCAUGUCGGGGGUGGUGACCCUAAAUCCACUGGCAAAGGAUCAAGUGAAUUGCUGGAUCCCACAAGGCCCGUGAGAACUAAAUGCAUGGAGCUUCUCUAUGCAGCUUUAACUAGUUCUUCCACAGACCAGACAAAAGCUGAUUUGUGGCAAAACUUCGCAAGAGAAAUCGAAGAGCAUGUUUUUACCCUUUAUUCAAAGAACAUCAAAAAAUAUAAAACUUGUAUCAGAAGCAAAGUUGCCAAUUUGAGGAACCCCAGAAAUUCUCAUUUACAACAAAACUUGCUCUCUGGGACCAUGUCUCCAAGAGAGUUUGCUGAAAUGACCGUCAUGGAGAUGGCGAAUAAGGAACUGAAGCAGCUGAGAGCUUCCUACACAGAAUCUUGUAUCCAGGAACAUUACCUUCCCCAAAUGAUGGAUGGCACACAGACAAACAAAAUAAAAUGCAGGCGCUGUGAGAAAUACAAUUGCAAGGUCACUGUAAUUGCCAGAGGAACACUUUUUCUUCCAAGUUGGGUGCGGAAUUCAAAGCCAGAUGAACAAAUGAUGACCUAUGUAAUUUGUAAUGAAUGUGGGGAACAGUGGUACCAUAGCAAGUGGGUGUGCUUGUAAUUGUAAAUAAAUGUUAUCUUUUUUUUGAGACAGAAUCUCUGUUGCCGGGGCUAGAGUGCCGUGG